AUGAAAGAAAUUCAAGAUCUAGUUCUUCUCAGAAUAAGUUGGUGGGUCAAAGGAUGGGCUGGCCCAUUCCCAUACUCUUCAGAAGAGAUACUUAGAAACCCUAACUGCUUGUGUUGGUCGGGCCAAUCUCUCAUCUCUCACAAGGAAGCAGUAGCUGAGAAAAUCUACUGGUCUCCUCCUCCAAGAGGUAUACUGAAAUGGAAUGUCGAUGCUUCGUAUGACCCCAAUCUUCCCCAUGCUGUCGUAGGAGGUGUCCUCAGAUCAGAUUCAGGUGCGUUUGUGGCUCUAUUCUCUAGCCCAAUUCCAAAAAUGGAAAUUAAUUCUGCCGAGAUAUAUGCUAUUGUGAGAGCAAUAAAAAUCACCUCAACCAGCGACAGGAUAAAACACCAGCAGAUUAUCAUAGAAUCGGAUUCCCUUAAUGCAGUAAGGUGGUGCAAUGAGGAUCACGGAGGCCCUUGGAACCUAAAGUUCCCCCUCAACUUCAUCAGAAACGCAAAAAAUUCUGAGCUAAGUAUCUCCAUCACCCAUAAAAAAAGAGAUGCAAAUAUGGUUGCGGAUUCACUCGCAAAACAAGGCCUUAGAAGAGAUGCAGAAUUUCUAGCGUGGUGUUAA